AUGUCUGUCUUUCACGACUUCCGACAAUGGCUCGGACGCCAGUUAUCCCGCCAAAUCAUCGAGGAGUCUGGCGAGAACGCCUUCCGUAACAUGAGACGAGAUCCCAUGCGCAGAGAAGCCGACGGUACACGUUUAUCGGAGAUAACGGACAAGGACGGGGUGCCAUGGUUACCCGGGCCAAUAUCUGAGCUUCGAUUCGUCUUCUCGUGGUCUAACGACGGCUGGAACCCCUACGGCAACAAGCUGUCUGGUGUGACACAAACGUCCACAGGUUUCUGGCUCGUGAACAUGGCUCUGCCAAUCGAAAUUCGCUACCUCGAAGAGAAUAUGUUCUAUUUCGGCGCUGUUCCUGGCAAGCCGAACGGCUCGCGGCUGAAUCCAACCCUCGAAUUGCUCGUCGAUAUGUUCGUGAGGUUCUGGGAGCCUGGUGUCUGGUAUAGCCGCACUGCUAAACACCCCGCCGGUCGUCUUAUACGGGCCAUACUCGUCCCGCAGAUAUCUGACGUUUUAGCGUCUCGUCAAGUAGCCGGGCGCGGGGCUGUCAACUUGAAGAAACACUUCUGUCUAUUCUGUCUCCUCGAUCGAGACCACAUAGAAUGCUCCGAUCCAUCUCUCUUCGUCCCGCGCAACGAGCAACAGCAGCGUCAUUUCGCUAUGUUGUGGAAGAAUGCGGCCUCCGAGGAUGAACGCAAGAGUCUGGCGAAGACCAACGACAUUCGCUACACACCGUUAUAUCGGCUCCCAUAUCAUCGCGCCACUUUGGACAACAUACCAGAGAGUCUACACCUUUUUUUCGAAUUCCUCAUCCAGGUCUACGUUCGCCACUGUCUACGGGUGCAUCUUGUCGUAGAUGGACAAGAGUUGUCGGAGGUUAUCAAGGAACCGAAACAUCCCAGGCCCUCUCCUGCGUCCGUCAACGCUGCAUUGCAGAUCCUGCGCUCCGCUCCAGACGGUGUCCUUAGUCCCUCAGCGGAAAGGAAGCUUGAGGCUAUGUCCGAAGAUGUCCUUUUCCACCUGUGCAAAGACUUCGGUCUGCGUUAUGCUGGUUUCAAACGCCAAUUAGUCCUCAAUUUGGCCGAGUGGCGACGCACUGUGAGCGCAGACGACGCUCAGUUACAAUCAGUCGUAGGGCCUACAGCACCAGCACUUGAUCCCACGGGAGAGCAGGAGCCCACAGCGCCUCCCUUUCAGGGAAGCGUAGAGGGCGGUACAUACAUGGUGGAUGAUGCGCCGAGCGAAGCAGACACAGCAUCGGGCCUAUCUGUUUCAACUAUGGAUUCAUAUCCGGCUCAUGUGGAUACUAGUGGUAACCCGACGCCUGAGGCACCAUCUAUAGCCGACUUGACACUUCGCCUACAGUCCCUCUCGUACGAGGAAAUGACCUCUUUGUGCAGCAGAGAUGCGGAGAAAGUCCGCGGCGCGUUGAACCAGAGUCGAAAGACUGCAACUGUCACAAACUACUGCAAAGGAAAUAAGUCCAUCCUCGUGGCGUUCGUGAAGAUCCUCGGAAUCACCAGUGCGGUCGAUGUGACCGACCCUCGAUUAUCUAUGGCGGCCAUGGCAAAGGCACUCAAGAGCUAUUCCAAUGCCGCUGCCUCGGGGAUAUCGCCGGAGCCUGUGGGACCUGGAAUAGGUGCGCAGGACUCUUCGUCUACGACACAAUCGGGUUUUGAUGCAGGUGCUAACGUGUUGAAACUUGAAGAUGCUUGGCUCGCAAACCUGACAACGAAGGAGAGGCAGCUCAUGCAGUCCCCCCAGGCAGCGGCAGUCAGCGAGCAUCUGGUCAAAGGCAACGCACCCGCAACAAUUGUCACCGCCGCGCGAUCCAAUGCCGCGCUCUCCACAGACUUGCUUCAAGCUUAUUGCAAGUCGCUCGGCAUAGCAUCCGAAGGAACAGCCCUAGUCCUUGCUGAGAGGCUUAAGGCAUAUGCGAGUACUCGUUACUCGUAG